AUGACUGUUCGGAAGGACCAGCCCGAUGGCUGCACUAUUGAACUGGCUGAAUGUCACAAAAGAGCUCAGGCUCUGGAGGGCGAAAUUGAGAUUUGGCAAAAGAAAGAUAGGGACUCGGCAACCCAGAUUAUCGAUUUGACGAAGCAGAUAAAAGAGCUGGAAGAAAAGAUUUCCCAGACUGGUAAGCCUACUAUAAGCUACGGCUAUGGAAAUCAAAUUACUCGCAAAAAGAUCGCGUCUGCCUGUGAUUGCAUGAAACUUUGUGCAACUUAUACGACAUGUAAAUGGGCACAUUUUUCGAGAUUUGGUGGCAGUUCUCGCGAUUGUGUUCUUUAUUCCAAUGCCAGGAAGCUUUCAUAUGUGCCUCGAAUAGCGAGAGAUGGUGUAUUCGAUGUAUGGGCCCAGCUGUUUCGUUCGUCUUGCCCUUCUCUGUCUUGA